UCCACUGCUAGACCGUCGAGAAAGCGCAACGUCGCGCCGUUCAAGCUCCUUCUGGCGUUCUCUCGACAUUAUAUAAAUAAACACAAUGAAAGUGAAAAACUUUAAAAAUAAAUGUUGAUCGGCCGAGAGUUCCCGCGAAUUGCCGUGGUGUUUUGACUGUGAUAGUAGUCGUCUCGUCGACAUCAACAUGGACCGUUGCAUUAAGGUCAUCUUUAUAGUUUUGCUCAUGUUGACGUAUACCGGGUGUUCGGAAAGCGGCAGCGUCGGAAGAAAGACUGGGGAACCGCAAAAUCGGCAGUUUUUGAACUCGACGAACCGACACGGCGGUGGUAAGAUGGGCUUUUCGGAAGGUCAUGGCCAUUGGAACAGUCAUGAUAACGACGACGAUAUGUACUUUCCGAACGAGUUCUUGUCCGAACGGGAGCACUUCGUGUCUACUCGGAGGGAUACUACAUCCGAUGGCCAACGCCCAAAUGAUCAAUCCGUGCCGGACUAUCCGUUUAGUGAAAUUAGACAAUUACUAGACAAAAACCCGCUUCUCAAGCAAUAUUUCAAACCCACUCCGGAAAUAGGUACCCGCGAUAAAGAGGAUGCAGAGGAAUACGAAACGCUGUGCGACGAGAAAACAUCGACGCAAAUCUAUCCGAAGAAACUGAAGAAUAUCAACAACGUCGAGGUGCUGGUCGUCAACGACGAUAAAGAGUACACUCAGGCGGUCGAGUACAAACAGUGUGGCACGUCGGACGGCCAGUGCAAAAUUCAGUUCGACAAUUUCGGGUACGUGAGCAAGUGUGUCCAAAAAUAUUCGAAAAAACAACUGAUGGUGUUCCAAAAUGCCACCAAGAGUAUAGUAUUUGACACGUUCAAAGUACCGUCUUGCUGCGUCUGCGUGAUCAAGCGCGUAUAAAGUCGGAAGUCGUCGUUAUCUCUUUUCAAAUAGCCCACGUAUUUAUUUAUUCGCAUAUAUUUAUUUUCGAUCGAAUCGAGAAAAAAUUUGCAAUAUCAAGUGUUUUCUAAGCGGAUCUAAAUUUAUGUUUUAAUAAAUUUUUAGA